GUUUCUAGGCAACACUAAAUGACCUUAGUUUAAAUUUUAAAAUUAGUUAGUAGUGUAUUUUGGACUCAUGCAGAAACAAAUUAUCUUAAGUGGAAUAAUUUUGGAAUAAUUUUUUUCUCUUGAAAUUCAAAGUCUGAGGCAUUAUGGAUUAUCCGAGGAAUAAUGAAGAAAAUAAUUUAAACACGAACCCAAACAGUGGUAGAGGAGAGAAUCAUGUACCUCCAAAUGAAAGUCCGAAUAUUAAUAACAAUAAUUUAGGUCAAGAAAGAUCUUUUGAAAGAGUUCAUCCAAGAUACAUUAGGCGAGAAAAUGGUCCUCUACAUGAAAUUCAAAAUGACUCUGCAAGUUACAUGAUCAAUGCAUCUCCAGGUCGAUUGAAUAUCGGCCCAGCUAUUUCAAGCGAGAAUACAAUUUCUAAUCAGAAUGAUACUUUAGACAAUAUUUCAAGUUCUUUUGAAAACAUAAAUUCCGAAUUUCCUUGUUUAAGUGACAACAUCUCAGCUCAACCUGGCAGCUCUUCAAAUGAGUACCAAUCUCGCAUUGUAUGGAAAUCGCUUUCAAGUCCUGCACGGAAUCGGCGCUCUAAAAAACUAGCUACAGUCAAUAGAUCUGAUACGAUGCCUAUUGGAAGUCUAAAAUCUACUUGUAUGAACAUGGCACCAUCGGUAAUUGAAGGGCCGAGCUCCAACCGAAUUGAACGUCCACAACCCGACAACGAACCUAGAUAUAAUAGUGAAUCUGACUUGGUUCAAAUCUUUUAUCAGGAUCAAUCCCCAGAAGACAGCGAUUCGAAUCAGAGCUUGGUGACAAAUGGGUUAAGGGAAUUAACGGCAAGGUCAUCAUUAGAAUCAGCGAGGAAUAAUUGUAGGGAAGCCGAUGGGACAAAUGGUUUAGAAGAGGUUCUCAACCUAAUGAGUCAUGAUCGUUUGUAUGUACUGUCAUCAGGAGGAUUACGUUCAAGUCCUUCUGAUGUGCAGGGGACGCAACCUGAUAAUGCUGCACAAAGCUUAGACGAAUAUAACUUACCUCAGAAAUGGGAUACAGUGAAGAAUCAGAUUAAUCUAGAAAAAACAACACACUCGGACCCAAGUCCUGGUCGUGUGUCGCCUAAGGAACAAAAGAAAUCACUAACAGAUGCUUCGGAUAGUUCCAUAAAGUAUUUGAAUCAACUGAAGGCAGCACGCAUGCUAUUACCGGACUAUUUGCCUGGCCCCACACCAGAACUGGAAGACCCUCUCAAUCUGAAGUCUAUAUUCAGUUCUGAAACUUAUGAUGGUAAUUCCGAAGGAAUCAUGAUAACAGAUGAAGAUCUAAAGGCGGCAAAUGUGGAAAAUGUGUGUCCACUGGAUGCUCAACCGCUUUUAGAAUCCAAAGAAAAGAAAACAAAAAACGGCAUUUGGUUUUAUUUAAACCAGAUAUGUAGCAAUUUGGGUAAUACCAGUGAAGGAUUUUCCACUAACUUUCGCAUUGCGAGAUCAGAAAUUGCCAUGCCUAGGUUCCCAGAGUGGGAUAAUGUAAAUUUCAAUGAAACCUAUGAAGAUCUUUUUCAAGAAGACGAACAGUUAGAAUUGAUAGCAACGAGAUCAGAGCCUUUGCUUAAAAAAAAUGUAAGGGCCUUACUUUCACACAUGAGACAAGUCAAUAUUGACUAUAAUGAAAGAUUAGAGGACAAUGACAGCGAAUCACUUAAUCAAGACCAGAAUGUAUACUAUGCAUUCACUGCAUCUGACCGAAAAGGAUUUGGUCAAGCAUGUGGUGCUCCAUUACCACCAGGUCCAAAAAAAGAAACAGGGAAUAAAACAGACUGCGAGAAAAAUCGUAAUAUAUCAAAUUUCAAUGUGCAAAAUUUGAACUUAAUUUUACAAAAAUUGAGAACAUGUGGCUGUGGGCUUGCGCAUUGCUUUGGAUUUCAUAAACGGUCUGAAAAAUAUCUAGGAUCUUUAGGGCAAUCUAGAAUAUCUGCGAGAAAGGCUCACGGAAACAAGGGCGAUGAUACUGCCCCACAAGACAACCGCCAAGGCAUUAAUACUAUUCUGCCAACGGUGACUACUGUAGUACGUGAAGAAAUAAUAGACAUUAAAGAUGCACAUGAUGAGAAGAAACAAAGACACUGUAAAUGUGGUGGUAAUAAACAAUUACAGAUUAGUCGUAAACACGAGAGCAGGCAUAUAUCAGACAAACGCAAGCACAAUGAUAAAUUUGUAAUAAAAAAAACAGGAAUUUGUGAAAACAGUUCAUGCCCAUAUAUGGAAAAAACCAAAACAGGAAUUACAAGUUUUGAUACUGAGGUAAGGGAAAUUUUGAGAGAGAAGCCAAAGCACAGAGAAUUGCCACUCAAAGGCAAAAAAGAUAAGCGUCACAGGCUAGAGAAAGGUAAAUUUAAACUGAAAGGAUUCAAAGCAGAGAGGAAAAGGGGUAGAGGUCACAAGGAUAGGUCAAAAGAAGGAAGAGGAAAGGUUGUGGAUGGUGACCAUGUGGAGGAAGAACAUACCAAUGACGAUGAAGAUAUCGCUGAAGGAGAAGAAGAAGAUAUGUCUUAUGACUAUUACGGCUGCGGUGACAAUAAUUUUCAGGAAUGGCGUCUUCGUGACAAACUCGAAGAUAAACUUAAACUUGAUUGCCUAUUACAGCAAUACUUUAGUUUAAGAAUUGAAUACGACAGCCAGAACCAAAAUAUUAUGAAAAUAAUACAGCAAAAGAUGGACCUCUUUCACCAAAUACGAGCUGUGCGUAAUUUUAAAUUGACUUUAUCCCUCUGUCUCGGACCACUUGUUUGUAGAGUGAUGUAUCAUAGAGACGUGAUGAAAUGGGCAACACGUGGCCAAUUCCCUUCAGUGUUUGAAAUUUUGAACUUCGAGUUUUCCAGCUUCAUGCACUUGUUUUUACACGAAAUCAAUGAGCUGAAACGUGAAGAUUACAGGUCAAUAACUGUAAUGUUGGCAAUUGCGACCCAUAUGAGUAAAACGCACGACGGUCUCAUGCUACUCCUACAUAACGGUCAUGCAAGAUCCUUAGUGGUUAAUAUAUUAAGAGGUCUACCUUAUUUGACACAUUUCCGUCUGGAGGCUGCAAAAAGAGCGAUUCUUCUGUUGUUGUAUAAUUUAUGUACUGACCCUUAUGGGCUCCUUCUACUUCAAAAUGAAAAAUCUAUAAUGAACGAAGUGGAAAAUUAUGUCCUCUCUGAUUUAGACUACGACAAGAAAGUCUUUGGCUUGAAGUUUCUUGAUUUAUUGACGAAAAGAGUCCUCAACCGAGAUAUAUUGAUAAGAAUUUUACCUUUCGUACCAAAAUAUGCAAUAACGUCUGACUCUUGUGAUGCUGAUUUCCCAGAAAUCCGCCUCCUAGCUGCAAAAGUUCUCAGAAAUAUCAUCAAAGCGAAGGCGAAAAUACUAUUAAAUGAGAAAAUGCGCUUAUCAUCGUUGGACAGCCGACGCAGGGACUAUUUCCCUUACGAGCAUUGCGCUUUUAUCAAUAAGAGAUUAAAGAAACAGGCAUGCUAACAAUCUGUGCCAACUCGGGCAGCAACGUCAAUUAUUAUUUAAUAGCUGACAAACUUAAUGAGUGAUUUGUUUGUUAAUAGAUGUUUGUAUUUCACUGUUGUGAUGAACAAUAUUUCAAAUUUACCUGUAGCGAAUAACGCAGAGUCAAAACAAACCAAACAGCUCUUAACUACUAAGAAAAUAUAUAUUUCCAGCCGUUAUCUAUUUGAUUAAAA